AUGGAAGGCGCCGCAGAGGCCUCUGCCGCCCGCGAAGGACUUCAAGGACUUUCCUUCGGCCUGGCCCUCGGACAGAGGGAUGAGCCAAUCGAGUUCGAGCUCAAUGGCUGGAGCGACACGGAGACGAAUCCAGACACCAAGGAAGGUGAGAAGUCCUUGCCGCUGCCAUGCUACUCCCACAUCAAGGACUUCCCCAGUGGGGAGAGCACGCCUCGCACCGCGCAGGCCACAGGACAUGACGACUUUGACCAGUACGUCGCACGAACGCCGAGUCCAAGAGGCAUGGACUGGCCCAGUGGCUUUGGCGAAGCAGGCCAGCUCCCGAAGGAGGAGGACAUGAGGUCCGACCCAAUGCCGGGACUUGCCCCUCCGACUCACAGCCGCGUCUCCUCGUCUGACGUAGCGCUCGACAACAAAAGUGCCUCGAAACAGGACCUGCAGAGGCUAGCGGCGGAGGUGGCCAGAUUGGCACAGGAGAACGAGUUUCUUCGCCAGCGGGUCAUGGCACAGGAACAGCGAAAGGACGAGUCGAAGAGCCAGGGCGAGUCGCAGCCGGCAGCUACGACUCCCGUUCAGCAAGAGAGCAACAUGGGCUGGGCCACGGUGUUGAUGCCGGUGAGCUUCGGUCCCGGGUCGGGCAGCGGUUCUAUGCAGGACUCGGCUGAUUCCUGGAUGGGUCCUCAUGGCCCGCACAGCCAGGAGUUGGGCCAGGACAGCCAACAGGCCCGGCGACGUCGUUUCCGCCAGAAGGGCGACGCGGAGUUCGAGGCAGACCUGAACCUCCAGAAAGGCAGGCAGGUUCGUGGCACUGCCGUCCCGACGAAGCCUGUUGAGUGCGAUCUACCCAUGGAAGAGUGCACAACUGUGAUGCUUCGCAACUUGCCGAACAACUACACGCGAGCGAUGCUGCUGGCGAUGCUUGACAGUGAAGGUUUUGAGGGCAAGUACAACUUUUUGUACUUGCCGAUCGACUUUCAAAGCCGGGCCUGUCUAGGCUAUGCGUUUGUUAACUUGGUGGACCCCUCCUACGUGGCCCAAUUCUGGGCCAAAUUCAGCGGCUAUUCGAAGUGGGUGCUGCCAAGCAAGAAGGUGUGUGGAGUGAGCUGGAGCGGACCGCAUCAAGGGCUGGAGGCUCAUGUGGAGCGGUACCGCAACAGCCCUGUCAUGCACGAGAGUGUGCCGGACGAGUACAAGCCGGUGGUUCUCCAGAAUGGCGUUCGGGUGGCUUUCCCGGAACCCUCGAAGGCUCCGAGGCCCCCUCGUAUUCGCCAGCAUCAUCACAGCCACAUGGACGGCAAGGUUGCAGGCUGGCAGCACAGGCGGCAAUCUGGCGAUGCUCCGAGGAUGCCCAUGGCAGUUGGAGCUCUGCCAGUGGGAUCGCUUUCGCGUUCCUGA